AUGCAUUCGUCAGCGGUUUAUCCGAUUUCAGGAUGUUUGAUUGGGUGUAUUGGUUGUAUGUAUUUUGUGGAAUCAAUAGCAAAAAAUCAACCGGAAUCGAUGAAUUUAAUGACGUUCGCAACAUUUCUCUUCAUUUCACUGGAAGGUCUCGUAUUUACGUCGAAAUUUUUCACCGUACCAAAUAAAAUUCCUCUUAAAGGCUAUAUGCCGACGAUUAUUACCUUUUUUUUCGUUAAUGUUAUCAAUAAUCAAGCACUCAAUUUCCAUGUGCCAGUGCCUCUUCAUAUAAUUUUUCGCUCGGGUUCAUUAUUGGCUAGUUUAAUUUUGAGCAAAUUAUUACAAAAUAAAAAAUAUUCGGUGAAAAAAUAUAUCUCGGUUCUCAUGAUCACGAUUGGUAUUAUCAUCUGUACCUUAGCUACAGCAAAAACACAAAAAUCAUUUGGUAUCAGUGCGGAUGAAGCUGCAAAGCAUUAUAAGGAAUGGAUGAUUGGGAUCACUAUGCUAAUAAUAGCAUUAAUUGCUUCCGCAUUCUUGGGUAUUUGUCAAGAGCAGAUGUAUAUAAAUUAUGGGAAGAAUACUAAGGAGGCGAUGUUUGUUGUGCACGCAGCAUCUCUUCCAUUUUUUGCUUUUAUGGGUAAUGAUAUUCUAAAAUCAGCUAUUAUUUUUUCUCACAGUGAACCAGUAAAUAUUCUUUUAUUCGCUAUACCUCAUAUGUGGGCUUUACUUGCUGCGACUUGUCUUUUUCAAUGGAUUUGCAUUAGUUUCGUUUAUCGCUUGAAUGCAGAAGUCGAUUCACUCACUGUUACCCUCGUUGUUACAUUACGAAAGUUUUUUUCUUUGUUAAUAUCAAUUCUGUGGUUUCGAAAUCCAUUUACAUUAAUUCAUUGGAUUGGAACUUCAUUUGUUUUCUUAGGUUCUCUAAUAUUUGCUGAUAUUUGGGAUCGUAAAAUAUCCCAUAUGAAACGUGAAUAA